AUGGAGCAUCAGCCCAUACUCUCUGAGAAGCUGCAGUCUUAUGACAUGGCAGAUGCCAAGGGUCGCAAGACUCUGGUUCAGAGCUUGUGCCAGAAGCUGAAGACACACUUUGUCGAUGCGUCAAAUUAUGAUGACAUCAUUGUGGAAACUGAGAAAGUGACGAAAAAGUGUAUGCAUGUUUCUGGCAAGCCCAAUGCCUUCAAGGUGUGGGAUGCACUGGAGAGGGACAAGGUGACUGAGGCCAUGAGAGCACUCAUGGUAGAAAAGGGUUGCAAUGUCUCCAAGGAGGAGCAGAAGGCGUAUGAGGAAAAGGUGGAGAGUUGGCAGAAUGGCACUCUGGAUGAUAAGAUGAAAAUGAAGCUGAGGGAGCAGCGAAUGAUGCAAUAUCUGAAGAAGUUCGCCAAGACUAUGUGGGACACCAUGGGCGUUCGCAUGGCAUUCAUGCUAGCAUAUCCGAAGGAAGUGGGGAGUCUAAAGGUAGAGAUGGUGGAGGUCAACCAUGCCAUCACCAAUGGAACUCCAUUUGGGGCCUAUCCUGGGUGGCUGUGUGCUUACCAGCCUCCAGCAAAGGUGUUCUCUGAGUGGGCCAAAGGCGAAUACGGUGUGACUGAGACUAUGGUGAUGGUGAAGAAGACACCUGCCAAUUGCAUGCGGGCCAUGGACAAGAUUCGGUUGAUGGCCAAUGGUUUUCCUCUGCUCCCAUCAGUGCCUGAAGGUAUGGUGGAAGCGCCUCUUAAGGUGAUGAAGGUACAAGUUCGAGACUUCAUGAAUCAUCACUACGCAUUGGCGAAGGGUGUUCGGAACUGCAAGUCGCCAUGGACGAAGCUGAACAGCAUAGAUGACAUCAAUGAGGUUAUUGUAGCAGAGAUGCUACCUGAGAACUUCCAGUGGAUCAAUCCCUCAAAGUUGACAAGUGUUCCCAUUCGUGCCCUUCUCGACCACUGUACUUCGACAAGGAUGGCAAAGCUGCUCUCGCCAAAAGCACUCACACCGAAGAAGGCAGGGAAGGUGAAGAAGAAGGGUAAAUCUGUGCGCAAGGUCACGGGAAAGGUGGCAUCGAAGGCGACAAAGGGCAAAGCUGCCCCUGGCGGAGCCAAAGGCGGUGGGUGUAAAUGCAAGAUGAAAGAUGCAUACAACUCUGAAGAUGAUUCCAGAAGCAGCCAAGACUCUCAUCGGAGUUCGCCAGAUAUACCCAGCAUGGGUUCUGAAGAAGAUCUGGCCAGCGAUGAAGAUUCAGAGGAUGGCGAGAGCAUAAUUGCCGAGCCCCACAUCGUCAAAAGGAGAGAUGUGUUUCUCGCCAUGCUUUCCGUCAAACUGCGAUACCAGGAUAUGCUGAAGCAAGUCAAGAUUGCGACUGUGCCCCAGGUGUAUCGUUUCGCCAGGUAUGAUCCGAUUCCCUGGAGCGAAUGGUCGUAUGGCCAGCGCUACCUCCCACCGUCAUUUCAUGCAGUGGACAACUUUGACAUCGUUGAGAACUGGUUGGGUGACAAACCAUGGCUGACAAAAUAUCGGUUCUUACAUCCACAGGGCGUACAACAAUCUGCACUCGUGAUUGGUAUGGUGCUGAGGGACCUCACACGAUCUCAGUUCAUUGAGGAGGGCGAACCGACGAACCUUUCUGACUAUGUGGUGAACUCGGCGAUCUCAUUCGACGCAGUAGAGCAGCUGCUUCGCUGUUGUGAGAUCAUUACCUUGGACAUGGUGGAAGGGAACGUCACCCAUGCCAUGGUGAAGCCAGUGAGCAAGCCUGCCAUACGCAGUGCCCCUCAAGGUGGUGAUGGCCUUGGGGGCCAGGAGGAGCAGGAAGGUGAUGCCUCUGCAAGAACUCACAAUGGCGCUGCUACUGCUGCCAAAGUUUACAAGGCUCACCAGCCUGCUGCCAUGGCCAACAACCCAAUCAUUCCAAGUGGAGGAGAUGAAGGGCUGAGCCAGGAGACCAGUGGUGGGGCCUCUGAUGAUGAUGAAGAGGACAAUGCACACUUGUCCAUACCUAGCAGUGGUGCUGAACGACCGCCACCACCUCCAUUUAUACCUAAGAUGAGGAAGGUGGCAGCCACAGAAGGCCAUCCGUCAGGUCAAGCCAAAGUGCUCCAGGGAAGGUCGAUCACCGAUGCCCUUCAGAGUAAUAUCCCCAGCAGGAUCACUCGCAGUCAGUGUCAAGCGAUGGAUGAGUCGCCCACCAAGAAUACCCGUAGUCAGCAUCCACUAGGAGCUGUUAAAGAUUUGAAGAAGCUUUCUGAUCCAAAGCGGAAAUGUCAACCAGCACAUCCUGAGCCCGAUGGCGAAGACAGCUCUGGCGAAGACAAUCUGCCACCUCGGAAGCGUGGACGUGAUACUCGGGACGAGUUGGUAGUGGCCUCGCCGAGGAAGAAGAAUGCGAGGGCCGAGGACUCGGAUGAUGGUGACAAGCCUCCCGCAAAGCGAAGAUGA